UACCUGGGAAAGGCUGAGCUGCAGAUCGUGAGCACAUUUAUAAACAAUUACACAUUUUUAGGAAGCACAAAACCGUCAUAAAUAUUACAUUAAUUAAGAUAAAUUAAAGGAAGAAAGGAGACAGCUGUUUGUUGAAGUUGCCUCUAAGUUGCAUUAUGUACCUGGUUUCCACUUGCAAAUUGAGUCAAUUUCCUUCAUAUGUAACCAAGCAUUUGUUUAUUUUCAUUCUAUAGGCAUGGAUGAGAAAUAGAAAACGUAAAGUAAAGACCCCACCAAUUCCAGAAAAGACAAUAAAUAGCCUAACACAGAAAAAAGCAUUUCGAGUUGUGGGUUUCCUUCUCCACGCGCUAGGGGGCGCCAGAGCUCAGUCUGCAUAUUGGAGAAGCGUCUUAAUUUUGCACCUUUCAACUCUACAGCAAACUCCUCUUUUCAACACCAAAUUAUUGGCUGCAGAUUUGACAAAGAAAAUAUUAACCACAGCAGGGAGCUUUUCCUCUGUGUGUCCAACAGUGCAUUAACCCCUUGGUACAAACUUGUGUCCGAAGGUCAUUUAAACGCUGUCCAAACUAUUGGGAGAGUCCCUGCACCAACAUGGACAUCGCAACAGUAAACGCUCUCCCUUACGAGGAUUUUGUGGAUAUUCUGGGCAAUGUGGUGGAGAAGUGUCCCAUUAUAACAGCUGCUGUGUGGUCGGGGCGUCCCUUUCUGAGCCUGGCUGCUCUGGAGGCUGCAAUCAGUGAAUUCAUCGAUGCUCUCCCAGAAUCAGGUAAAGAGGGCAUCCUCAGGUGUCACCCAGAUCUCGCGGGAAGAGACCUCCAGAGCGGCUCGUUGACCCGGGAGUCUCACGAGGAGCAGGCCGGGUCCGGGAUGAACGCUCUGAACUCGGGGGAAGCCUCGCGCAUGGCCCGGCUCAACCAGGAGUACAAGGAGCGCUUUGGGUUCCCUUUUGUGAUCUGCGCCCGGAUGAACGACAAGGAGAACAUUUUACGACAGCUGUCCGCGCGGUGCCAGAACGAGCGCGCUGUGGAGAGGGCGUGCGGCAUCGAGGAGGUGAAGAAGAUAUGUCACCUGCGUCUGCAAAGCAUCGUGCUCACUGACAACAAGUUAUGAGACUUUACUGGAGUUUAUGUUGGAUUUGUAUCAGUGUGACCCGGCUGUGAAGACCGCCAUUGUUCCCAGACCUGAUAGGCUUUGUGAUAGCUUUAUUCCAAAUGUGUGUUAAUCAUACUGUACAAUGGAUUCAACAAUAAAAUAUAUGCACCAUUGAUUCUAAUGUAUCAAUUUACAUUAUAUAACCUAUAUACAAGCGGAUAAUAUGGCAAAUACAGUCAUAUUACGCAUAUAUACAACCAUAAAGUUAGUGUACUAGUCCCAUGUCUGAGGUGUAAAGCUUGAUUCUAUUAUAGGUGCCACUGAAUCCAUGACUGUGGGGAUAUGAAAUAGUCCCUGCAUGAUGUGGUUGUCUCAGCAUGCAAGGUGCUCCAAAACUGAAAGAAAGGUCCCUCCUGACAGAAGUUAUAAAGGUUCAUGAAAAACUGGCACUUAAUUGAAAUUGCUUAACUCUAAAG